AGUAGUACCACGCUUGACCGGUAGAGGGCGAGCUGGACCCGGCGGCCGUGAUAAGUACGUCUUAAAACAGCCAGGAAGCAUCACAUGGGCCGUGUGAUGUUGAAACGGCGAGUGAAGAAAAGGAGGGUGGCUUUGUCAAGGGGAGGACCGUCCGGGCCUCGAGCCUUUUUCAGUUUCCCUCUUCUUCCAUUGAACACACAGAGUGACGACAGGGCCGAGUGGGCUGGUCCACACAGCACGCCUCUCUGACUCACUACCGGGCGCCUCACCUCCGCACUCCUCGUGUUUCACGCCGCGGCUCCGGGUUCAGAAGAGGGACAAAGGCGGCGGAGCGGCAUCGCAACACGGACGACUUUCUGCGCCUCCGUCCCCCCGCCGACAAGGAGAGGAGAGGAGCAGCGCCAAUGUCGAGUUUAAAGAAGAGAAACUCCAACUCGUCGGUGGACAGAGAGGAUGACAAGCAGGUCACGGAGAGGAUGCUCUCCCCGGGUGGCGGCGGCGGCACUGGAGAGAACGGGGACCCCAGCCGGGGCGGACAGCGGGGAAGCGGGGACAAGGCGCCGCCGAGGAACGACGGAGAGGGAGGCGGAGGAGGAGAGGACGGGAUAGUCCUGAAAAGGACUAUCACCCUGGUCAACGGCGUGGCCAUAAUCGUCGGCACCAUCAUCGGCUCGGGCAUCUUCGUGACCCCGACCGGCGUGGUGAAGGAGGCCGGCUCGGUGGGUCUGUCGCUGGUGGUGUGGACGGUGUGCGGCGUCUUCUCCACGGUCGGCGCACUCUGCUACGCCGAGCUGGGAACCACCAUCAGCAAGUCAGGUGGGGACUACGCGUACAUCCUGGAGGUCUACGGCUCGCUACCAGCCUUUCUGAAACUCUGGAUCGAACUGCUUAUCAUCCGACCCUCCUCGCAGUACAUCGUCGCCUACGUUUUCGCCACCUACCUCAUCAAGCCCAUAUUCCCCGACUGCCCGGUACCCGAGACCGGGGCCAAGCUGGUCGCCUGUAUGUGCAUCCUGCUGUUGACCUUUGUUAACUGCUACAGUGUGAAGGCAGCUACCAGGGUCCAGGACUUCUUCGCUGCAGCCAAACUGCUGGCGCUCGGACUCAUCAUCAUCAUCGGCUUCGUUGAGAUCGGCAGAGGUGAUACGGACAGACUGCUUCCGGAGAAUUCCUUCGAGGGAUCAAAGUAUGACUUUGGCAACAUCGGUCUGGCGCUCUACAGCGGCCUAUUUGCCUACGGUGGCUGGAAUUACCUGAACUUUGUUACAGAGGAGAUGAUCGAGCCUUUCAAGAACCUUCCACGAGCCAUCAUUAUUUCUCUGCCCAUAGUAACCAUAGUGUAUGUCUUGACCAACCUGGCAUAUUUCACCACUCUGAGCCCUGACGAGAUGCUCAAAUCAGAGGCUGUGGCUGUGGACUUUGGCAAUCACCACCUGGGUCCUAUGGCAUGGAUCAUCCCAGUGUUUGUAGGACUGUCCUGCUUCGGCUCAGUCAAUGGCUCUCUAUUUACGUCUUCCAGGUUGUUCUUUGUGGGCUCAAGAGAGGGUCAUCUGCCAAGUCUGCUGUCAAUGAUCCACCCCAACCUGAUGACACCGCUCCCCUCACUCAUAUUUACUUGUGCGAUGACGCUGCUCUAUGCCUUUUCAAAUGACAUCUUCUCUGUCAUCAACUUCUUCAGCUUCUUUAACUGGCUCUGCAUCGCCAUGGCAAUCAUUGGAAUGAUGUGGCUGCGUUAUAAGAAGCCUGAGCUGGAGCGACCAAUCAAGGUGAACAUCUUAUUGCCUGUGAGUUUUGUGCUGGCCUGCCUCUUCCUCAUUGUGGUGUCCAUCUGGAAGACUCCAAAAGAGUGUGCCAUUGGCUUCGGCAUCAUUGGUACAGGAAUUCCUGUUUAUUUCUUCGGUGUCUGGUGGCAGAAUAAGCCCAAGUGGCUGCUUCAGGCUAUCUUCUCAACCACGGCUUUGUGUCAGAAGCUGAUGGAGGUGGUGCCACAGGAAUCCUAAAGAAUCCAUGUUUUUUGUUGCAGCCAGUGGCCAAUCAAAUUGCACCACCAGUGACCUCUGACAUCAGAGUUCAUGCAACUAGACCUUUUAACCCCCUUCCCCAACCUUCAUUUUCAAAAGAGACACACACUCAUAUACACAAACAUGAACAGACACUCACGCACUGAGAGACCCAGAGCCAUCCUGUCUAUUAGGGUGUGGUUAAGGGUUGAUAAGGGCCGUUGAGAGAAAGGCGCUGAAACUACAAACGUCUUUCAAACAUUUGGUUCUUUGGGUUAUAUCCAACUUUUAGCUGUUUAUUUUAAGUGUUUGCUAGUUUUACUGUUCUUUACUUACCCAAACUUCCCUUUGACAAGGAUCAUGUGCUCAAUGAUUAUUUUUGUUUUUGACGUAGGAUUUCUGUGAAUCGUUUUUGUUUUUAUGAAGUUCUUCUUUUGUGUUUGUGUGUGUGUGUGUGUAUUUGUGUGAUUCAAGGUAUUGUGCUCCGUCAUCGUUGCUCUGUUGCAUCAUUUAGCAAGUUGUGCCUUAUUGGGCAAAUUAAAGUGUAAAUAACUCAGAUGAAUUCACUCCCAGCCAGGCAGCCUUGUAGGUGUUAAUUGUCUAAAGCUGGUAUUCUUGACCUUAAAGGUAUAUGGUCGUAUGCAAAUCAGUCUUUUAAAAAAUAGCAUAACUUGGAUUUUCUCUAUAAGCCUCAGAGGAUCUACGUUUAACUUUUUUUUAACCAAACGUUGUCAGAUACCACUGUUGAACAGAAUUCUGUUUAACGUAUAUAUUUUUUUUACAUGCAAGAGGAGCUUACUAAAUAUUAAGGAAGCCCUGCAUUUGAAAUGUCUGGCCCCUCUGAAAUUUGAAAUGGUUAACAUUUUUUAAGAUAGAGAAACUUGGUAACAUGUGUUUGUGCCCAGCAUUUCAAGAUUCCAAAUCAAGUUGGAGAUUCUUGGACCUAGCUGUAGCCUGAUAUUCAGCCGUGGGUUAUUUGAAUGGUUGGGUUAAUCGGGACAACUGGCUGAUUGUAGUAUCUGGGGACAAAGAUGUCCAUGCUACUGUCUCUUACCUUUCUGUUGUGGUAGGAUUAAAAGGCUUGUGUCCAUUAAGCAUUUUUUUCUGAGCGCCAGCGUCUUUUUUUCCCCCCAAUGAGGAAAGAGCAUAUGCGGCCGCCUAGAGGACAGCGCUGCACCCAUUGUCAUUUUUCAGAGUGCUCCGACUUUUUUGUGCAGCCACUCCAAGCGCUGCUAGUUGAAAAUCUCUGAAAUUUUCAGAAAGGUGCUGGUGUUGUCACUGUUGCGCCUUUUCAGGCAACCAAUCAUAUAUUAGAUGGGGCAGGACUCGUCACCCUAGUAAACAAGAAAAUGGAGGAGAAGCUUGCUCGGGCCAUGUCUGUCUAUUCUGCGCUUUAUGACAUGUCAAACAGAAACCACUGUAAAGACAGAAAAGCCCAUUUGUGGGAGCAGAUCAACCAGACACUGAAUGUUGCUGAUGAGUGUUAUGCUUUUAUUACCCUACGCGUUGUAAGUUUGUUGUUAGCUGUGUAGUCGACCCUCUGUUAACGUAACGUUCAAUUAGCUACCUAGCUAAUGUCAAUCUGCUUCUUUUUACGUUGUCAAUUAUGUGAUUAUAGGUGAACUUUGCUAAUCAAAAUGGAAAUACUUGAGGGAAAAGUAUAGAAAAGAGAGAAAGGCUGAGUGGGAGAAUGGGGCAGAAGGUGGCGCAAAAAAAGCGAUGGAAAUUAAUGAACAUCCUCACCCACAUCCUCCUUGCUCUACGGCUGACAGAUUGAGCAGUGACAUCACAUUAUAAGCUCAUCCGUACAAAGUAUGAGGGUAAGCAUCCUCCAGUUGGUGCUCAUGGUGAAAAAGUGUCGCGCAAAUAGUAAUAAUAACAGAUAAUAAAACACAAAGGGGCAAUGCUAGUCUAUCAUACAACGGCAGUUAGGAUGGUGACAUAUUGUCAUAGAAACAAAAUUCACGUGCAGCAGUUUUUUUCUCUCUCACCACACAAGCCAUGACAGCGCUUUUCUGCCAGAGAAAAACGCUAUGGACACACUCCUUUAGGGUUAUUUUUUUGGUUCUUUUUGGGUGGGGUUGUUUUGUUUUUGUUGACUGAGUGCAGUUCUUUUACUUUACUGUUGUGCUUUAGAGAGUAAUUGAGAUCUUGGUGUGUUGGCAAGUUUUUUUUUAAACUUUUUUGUCUCUAUUCCCAAGACGUAAUCAGACAGUCUGCAAAAUAUAUCAGCUUGCCAUUAGCCUUGUUGAGUCUUACCUCCCAAAACCAGUAUUCCUACAUAAAAAACAGCUGGAAGAAAGAUAAUCAUUCAUGUGUUAACAUAUGUAAUGGGGAUGGUGAUAUACGUACGUUAUGAACUGAAAAUGUUUUUCUUCUGAAGGUCCAACUCUCCAAGUAAAAAAAAAAAAAAAGGACACAUUCAGUAGUCUGAAUCAAAAAUGGGGCUGACAUUUUUCUUGAGCCCUCCCUUUGCAGUUAUGGUUUUGAUUUUUUUCUUUGUCAUCUCAUGUUGAGAAGUUAAGAACUCAAAUUGGUGAAAAGCCUUGCAGUGACAUUAUACUUAGUUGCUGCUGAAAUGUAAUUGGGCCGAUUUGUAGUCAAGAGGACAUUUUUGUUGGAAGAGGUUAUGCUGCAUUGGCUUGUGCCACCAGAGUCUGCAGAGACUCACUGGCUUUUGACUUCCUUUCACAACAUUUUCCUGCGUGCGGUUGUAUGCAGUUGUCAUAUCAUUAAAUAUGAUUGGACUCGGAUGCGGGAAGAAAUCAAUGCAACUUAGUUAUAUUAUUGGUUUCUCUUAAAUUAUACACCGAUCAGCCAAUACAUUAAAACCACUGACAGGAUGAUCGCGUUACAAUGGCAGCUGUCAAGGGAUGGGAUAUAUUAGGCAGCAAGUGAACAGUCAGUUACUGAAGUUGAUAUGUUGGAAGCAGGAAAAAUGGGAAAGCGUAAGGAUCUGAGCGACUCUUGACGAGGGCCAAAUUGUGAUGGCUUGACAACUGGGUCAGAGCAUCAACAAAACGGCAGGUCUUGUGGGGUGUUCCUGGUAUGCAGUGGUCAGUACCUACCAAAAGUGGUCCAAGGAAGGACAACUGGUGAACUGGUGACAGAGUCAUGGGCGCCCAAGGCUCCUUGAUGUGUGUGUGUGUGGGGGGGGGGGGGGCAAAGGCUAGCCUGUCUGGUCUGAUCCCACACAAAAGCUACUGUAGCCCAAGUUGCUGAAAAAGUUAAUGCUGGCUAUGAUAGACAGGUGUCAGAACACAGUGCAUCACAGCUUGCUGCGUAUGGGGCUGUGUAGCUGUAGACCAGUCAGAGUGCCCAUCAUGACCCCUGUCCACCGCUGAAAGUGCCUACAAUGGGCACGUGAGCAGCAGAACUUGACCAUGGACUAGUGGAAGAAAGUGGCCCAGUCUGAUGUUGUCUUUUACAUCAUGUGGACGGCUGGGUGUGUGUGCAUCCUUUACCUGGGAAAGAGGUUGCACCAAGAUACACUAUGGGAAGAAUGCAAGCUGGCAGAGGCAGUGUGAUCUGCUGAGCAGUAUUCUGCUGGGAAACCUUGGGUCCUGGCAUUCAUGUGGAUGUUACUUUGACACGUACCACCUACCUAAACAUUGUUUCAGACCAUGUAAACCCUUCAUAGCGAUGGUAUUCCCUGAUGGCAGUGGCCUCUUUUAGCAGGAUAAUGUGCCCUGCCACACUGCAAAAAUUCUUCAGAAAUGGUUUGAGGAACAUGACAGAGUUCAAGGUGUUGCCUUUGCCUCAAAAUUCCCCAGAUCUCAAUCCGAUCAAGCAUCUGUGGGAUGUGCCUGAAAAACAGGUCCAAUCCAUGGAGGCCUCACCUCACAACUUACAGGCCUUAAAGGAUCUGCUGCUAACGUCUUGGCGCCAGAUAUCAGAGGACACCUUCAGAGGUCUUGUGGAGUCCAUGCCUCAACGGGUCAAAGCUGCUUUGGCGGCACGAGGGGGACCGACACAAUAUUAGGCAGGUGGUUUCAAUGUUUUGGCUGAUCAGUGUAGCUCAGGGGCCAGAAAAAAGUUUAAAUGAGCCCAGCUCCAAUGCUGAGAUUGAACUUGUUAAACUAGACAACUGGGCUAAAUGCGUUUUUAAACAACCAAUGUUGUAGCGUACAUACUGUAGUAACGGUUAAGGAAGACUCGAGCCCAGAAUUCUGUGCUUUUGUCUGUUCUACGCAGAUAAGGGCGACAUUAUAGAUGUGCUAAGAGGAGUCUGACGUUUCUGUAGGUCAAAGUGAUUGUGUGUGUGACCAAUGAAUUGCAGUCACAGCUAUGUUAGGUGUCUUCUUUUUUGGUGCAGUGGAUACGUUCGGGUUCUCUGGGCUAGUAGUUAUUCCAAAUUAUCGCUAGUCCAUCUUUGGGUUGUCAUUGCUACUGAAUCAAUCAGCUUCUCUGGAUGACUUUUUGGAUUCUGUUAGUGUCCUAGACACAAAAAGGCAAAGCUUACAUCUCUAGUCCUGAACUCAGAGUCUCUGUCAAUCAACAGACAAUCAGGGCAACACCUGCUUUCUUUUUUCAUUCAGUCCUGUGUGACAUUUCAAUGUAGUUUCAAUGAUUUACAGGCCGUGGUGAUUGGGAACAGGCAGUCAGUUUGACUAACAGAGUGGUAGGCCUUAUCAUUUUUUGUUUUCAUUUUGUUUUCACAUUGUGAAUUUAAAACUGUGUAGUGUUACUGUAUUAUUAACGUUGACCCUCUUAGAAACAGACCAAAACUACAUGUUACCAUGACAUAUCAUAUGUUGUUUCCAUGGAGGUGUGAUGUGGUUUCCAUAGAGACAGUGUGAGCAGCCUGGAGGGGCUGUGUGGUUUCUGUGGAAACAUUGAUGAGGGGUGGUCAUGUAUGUUUUAGCAGUAGUACCGUUCUAACACUCCAGCCAUUGCUGAAGUCAGUGGGAAACUAAUCUGAAUAGAACUGUAGAGGUUUUAUUUAUUUAUUGUUAGGAAACUUCAAAGUUUACUAUCAGUCUCUAAUUUUUUACAGGGCAUUUUAUUAAAAGUGCUUUUCAAAUAAAUCUUCCAU